GUGUGUGUGUGUGUGUGUGUGUGUGUGUGUGUGUGUGUGUGUGUGUGUGUGUUUGUGAGACAGAUAGAGAAAGUCAGUGACUCGGUGUCCAGAGAUUAAGGCGCGCGCAGGAUGAAAGCGACGGAACUUUAGAAGUAGAGAAUGGGGUGUGCACAGUGUAAGGAUAAGGAGGAGUCAAAUCUAGCAGAAGGUGGUGGCUCUAUGGCAUUCCAGAGUGGACUCAGUCACGUUGAUUCUGCUCAUCAUCUAAGUCCCGCCUUUGGAGCAGCGUCCAUCCCUAACUACAACAACUUCACAACAUCAGGAUCAUCACUCUCUGUGUUCGGGGGAGCCAACAUACACACACAAACACACACCGGAGUCCUACACACACAACGAGCUGCAGGUGUCACGCUGUUUGUGGCUCUGUAUGAUUACGAGGCUCGAGCUGAAGAUGAUCUGAGUUUUAGCAAAGGAGAGAAGUUUCAGAUCAUUAACAGCACUGAGGGUGAUUGGUGGGAAGCACGAUCUAUCUCUACAGGAAGAAGCGGUUAUAUUCCCAGUAAUUAUGUUGCUCCAGUCGACUCCAUCCAGGCUGAGGAGUGGUAUUUUGGUAAAUUAGGGCGGAAGGAUGCAGAGAGGCAUCUCCUUUCUGCAGGAAACCAACGAGGCUCAUACCUUAUCCGGGAGAGUGAGACAACAAAAGGUGCGUUCUCCCUGUCUAUCCUAGACUGGGAUGAGGUUAAACGUGAACAUGUAAAGCACUAUAAGAUCCGUAAGCUGGACAGCGGAGGUUAUUACAUCACCACACGCUCACAGUUCCAAACGCUACAGCAACUCGUCCAGCAUUAUUCAGAGCGUGCAGCAGGUUUGUGUUUCCGAUUGGUUGCCUCGUGUCACAAAGGGAUGCCCCGCCUCACUGACCUGUCUAUGAAAACGAAAGACGUGUGGGAGAUCUUGCGUGAAUCCCUGCAGCUCGUAAAGCGAUUGGGCAAUGGCCAGUUCGGGGAGGUCUGGAUGGUGCAUGCAGAUGGUCUGUGUUAUCAUUUAAGUGGUGUUUGUAUGAGCUACACACCAGAAACGAUGGGUCUUACACACGACACCUGGGAAAUUGCUCGUGAGUCUCUGCAGCUGGACCUCAAGCUUGGAGCUGGAUGUUUUGCUGAUGUCUGGUGUGGAACAUGGAAUGGAAACACCAAGGUAGCAGUAAAGACACUGAAGUCAGGUACCAUGUCCCCUGAAUCAUUUCUGGAAGAAGCUCAGAUCAUGAAGAAUCUGCGUCAUGAUAAACUGGUGCAGCUCUACGCCGUUGUUUCUGAGGAGCCCAUUUACAUCGUCACCGAGUACAUGAGCAAAGGAAGUCUGCUGGAGUUCCUGAAGGGUGGAGAAGGUCCAACUCUAAAGUUACCCAAUCUUGUCGAUAUGGCUGCUCAGGUAGCUGCAGGAAUGGCCUACAUUGAGAGAAUGAACUACAUCCACAGAGACCUGCGAGCUGCCAACAUCCUGGUGGGAGAAAAUCUGGUGUGUAAAAUAGCAGACUUCGGUCUCGCCAGACUCAUCGAGGACAAUGAGUACACCGCUCGCCAAGGUGCGAAGUUCCCCAUUAAGUGGACGGCUCCUGAGGCGGCCCUUUACGGAAAGUUCACCAUUAAAUCUGAUGUCUGGUCCUUUGGCAUCCUGCUCACAGAACUGGUAACGAAGGGACGAGUACCAUAUCCAGGGAUGAACAACAGGGAGGUGUUGGAGCAGGUGGAACGUGGUUACCGUAUGCAGAGUCCUGUGGACUGUCCUGCAUCGCUGUACGAGCUCAUGCUGCAGUGCUGGAAGCAGAACGCAGAAGAACGUCACACCUUUGAGUACCUACAGGCCUUCCUCGAAGAUUACUUCACCGCCACCGAGCCGCAAUACCAACCUGGAGACAACUUAUGAUCCUGAUACAGUGCCCCUGGCAGUCUGUAGGCAGAGUCACUACUUCCUUUAUACAUGCAUUUAUCUCCAGCACAGAAGCAGCUCCACACUGCAGUUUUUGGCCUAGACGCAAAUCUAAAGGAGGAGACGUAGGGGAGGAGGGCGGAGUGAGUGAGUGAAGGGAAUUGUGGGUAAUUUUAGAAUUUUUGUCUCUUAAACCGGAUGGAAGGAUUUUUUAACCAUGUUGUUAUUAGUAAACAGAAUUGUGUGUAAUAAUGUGAUUAAGGUGGUUUCUGAGCACACACAGCACCGGCUUCUGGUUUAUUUACUCAGUUUAACUUCUCAACUUUUGUGAGAGGAAUUAUGGGUAAUGUGUGCUCAGGUACAGAUAGGGAGAAGAAAGGGGAUUGUGGGUAACUGAGGGGAUUAUUUAUAGAAAGAUAAAAUGCACAAUAAGAACAAUACCUAAAACUUCAGCUUUUCUACAGUCGCUGGCGGGUUUAUUUGUUAUAUUUUUAAUUAAUGCCCAAAGACCCAUUAUGCAAUGACGCCUUUGUUGUUUUUGCUUUUCUUUUUUUGUUCAUGUACCGAAUUGUACAUUAAUGCUAACAACAAAACAUAAGGUAAAAUAAUACAUAUUGUAUUUUUAGCCAAAUGUAUGAGAGUACUUUAGAUUUUAUACAGACAAAACCACUGUUUUCCACUCAGGUGUUAAUGAUCAUGUGACCGUGAUGAGUAUCACAACCUGUGAAACGAUUUCAAACAACUCACUAAGUCGUACAUCUUCAUUCUUCACUUUCCUCUUUGUGGGUUUAAUGUUCGUAAUUUCACUUGGAACAGAUUUUUUGAACUCAGACUGAACAAUCAGAUGAUCUGAUGACUGAACAAUUCAGAAGUCUGUUUAUGUUUACACUAUAAACAGCUGAACAGACCACUGCUAUGCAUUCUGGGUAAUUGUCUACAGUUACAUUAAUUAGAUGGCCAAGGGUACUUGAUUAAGGGAAGGUUAAAAAAAAAGGAAUAUUAAACAUGGGCCUCGUUUUAAUAUGAUGUGUUUUUAUAUCACACUUUCUUGCAUGUUUUUUAAAUAAAUUUGCAAAUUUUAAAUAAAAGAUAUUUUACACUCUUUUA